AUGACGUCUAUGAGGUUCGAAGGCGAUUUGCAAGAUUUAAGCGAUAAACAAAGUCAAUACAUACGAGAUAGUCUAAAUAAGCGAGGUUAUAAAAAUAAUAAAGUAGUGUUUGCACCAGUUGGACAACUGGGAGAUAAUUUUGCAGCUAAUGUCAAGAGAAUAACAGUGGAAGUUGAAAAUGGUGAUAAUUUUCAAAUGGUUGCAAAGAUAGCGCCGAAAACUUUUGCUGUAAUUAAAUAUACAGAAGUUAUGUUCAAUAAUGAAACAGUUAUGUAUGGAGAAGUUUUGCCAACAUUUGAGAAACUACAAGAGGCCGCUAAUGUGCCGGAAGACGACAAACUAAGAUACGCUCAAUGUUACGGAUGCUACACAGAAAAACAACAUCAAGUUAUUUUACUUCAAGAUUUAAAGCCGCUUGACUAUACAAUGUUAGAUAAAUAUCAAUCACUACCAAACAAAGCUGUGAGAUUGAUCCUCAAAAAUUUUGCCAUAUAUCAUUCUUUGUCUUACGCAUUGAAAAAAUCUAACCCUGAUGUGUACGACUAUUACAAAAAUAAACUUUUAGAUCUAUGGAGUACAACAACAGAAGUACCUGAACAUGAUGCAGUCAUAAAGCAGUUAGAAGAUAAUUUAUUAGCAGUUUUUGAAAAUGCUGAAAACAAAUAUAAGGACGCCCUACAAGGAGCACUAAAAAAGAUUUCUGUAAUAGGCAAACAACUUAAUGCAAUUGAUGCUAAUAGUAAAUACUCUGUAAUCCAGCAAGGUGACGCUUGGACCAACAACAUAAUGUUUAAAUUAGAGGAUAAUGAAAUAAAGGACUGCAUCAUGAUUGAUUACCAAAUAUCUAAAGUAGCUAAUCCAGUCUGCGAUAUUCUUUACAUGAUUUUCAAUUGCACAGAUUACGUAACCAGAUCCAAGCAUUUCUACGAGUGGAUCGAUUAUUAUCAUGAUCAACUUGACAAGGCUUUAAGCAAUUACGGGAUGCAAGCCAACUUAAUAUAUCCUAGAGACCAGUUAGAUGCUGAUUUGAAAAGAUAUGCUGAGAUGUUUUUCGGUACAGCACUUAUUGUUAUUGGAAUGAUAUUUAGAAAAUCCGAAGAGGCUGCUUUAAUCAAGGAUGCUUAUAAAGAUAGCGAUCUCAUUAAAGUAGGAAAAAAAACGAGUAUUACAUUAUUAAGUUCAGAUACUCUGAGUUUUAUUAAAACUAGAGUUCAAGGUUUAAUUGAUAGUUGCAUAGAAUUUGGUUUCAUAUAA